GCCCGCAGUGUUAUAUGGGUAAAAAGCAAGAUGGCGGCAAAGUUGUCGAGAAUUUUAUUACAAACCCCGGCAAGAUUUACCAACCUCUCCACAUCUGUUUUUUUAUCAGGUAGAAGUAUAUUAAAUGGAGGACUGCCUGGAUCAUUUGCAGGGGUAAGGGGGUUGUUUAUAUUGCAUAAAAGAAACGAAGAUGACUUCUUGACAAGAAAAGGCCCUCUGAUGCCAACUGAGAGCUCUCAUCGUUGGAGACCUAUUUCAAGAAAUAUUUCCACCGAUUCAAGUACUUCAACAGAAUUUCCACUAUCCAAUGAUGAGAACAACACAGUCAAUGUUUGUAAAAAGUUAACAUUGGAUGAUAUUGUAUCACAGUGGCCAGAAGUGAAACCAGCCUGGGCUGGAUAUAGGAGAAAUCAUAAAGGCCAAAUUCCACCCAAGAGAACAAGACUGCGUUGUACAACACUAGCGGCAAGGGAAAAUAGUUUUGCUCGGAUGUUUUGCCACAUAUCGAAUAUUGACAAACAGCUGCUCACGCAGAACCCAUGCCCCGUUUGUCGUAUCCGAGUGGAGAAAAACUAUGAAAUCAGUAGCAAGGAUGUUUCCUUCCUGACUCAGUUUAUGUCCCCACACACGGGCGAAAUUCUGCACACUGGGAAAACAGGGGUUUGCCGUCAGCAGCAGAAAAAGCUCUUACAUGCAAUAGAAGAGGCACAAGAUAAAGGUUACCUUCCAUUCACGAUCUCAGGACCACGGGACCCACCCAAACCCUGGAGAGCUGCUGGUGUUGUUUCCAACAACAUCAGGAAUAAGACAGGAUGAGAAAGUUUAACAUGUGAUCUGCUAGCCUUGAAAAGCUGGCGCUAUCCCUGCCCCCACAUACGAGAAAUAAAACAGGAUUUACAUAUGUACUAGCAUGGAAUUCCAUACUGCCACAACAUCAGAAAAUUUUAGAAAUAAAGGAGAUACUUUAGCAGCUAGGAAAUUUAUAAUAAGGACUAUUAUAGUUUACCUGUUUGUUACAUAUCAGAAAUAAAACAGAUGAUAUGGAGAUGAUACAUGAGAGAUCCAACAUAGAUAAUUCUGGAUAACUAACAUGGUGUCAUGGAAGAUUGUUAUACUGUAUAGCACAUCAAUGCCUGUUCAUCCUAAUAAAAAAGGCACUAAUUAAAA